AGUGUCAAUGAAACCAUCAAUGUAAGGAAACGUACACUCGAAGGGUAAAAGUUGAAAUAUUGGAACAUAAACUUUAAACUUUUUCUGAAUUUACAUAGUGUUAGACGCGUAUUAUUAUAGCAUUUAAUAGCAAAAAUAUUUGGUAGACUAAAGUAAUUUAUUGUACAAUGCUAGAUCAAGUUGUUGAAGAGUGGGAUGAACUUGCACUAGAUUUUAAACAGCUAGAGGUAGAUAACAAAGCAUAUCUUCAACAAUUGAAUGAAUUAACAAGUAUUCAAAAGAAAUGUCUAAACCAUAUUGCACAUCAAAGAUACAGGAUUGGAGUUCUCACCAAAUCUCUCAGAGAUUUAAAAAAGACAGAAGAUGUAGCUAAAAUUGCCGAAUUGAAAUCUAAUAUAAUGAAAAGAAAAGCACAACUAUAUGACAUUGAACAAACUUUACCAAAACCCAAUGGAACUUAUUUAAAAAUUAUUUUAGGCAAUGUUAAUGUUUCUAUACUAGAUAGGGAUGAAAAGUUUAAAUAUAAAGAUGAAUAUGAAAAGUUUAAGUUAAUUUUGAGUAUAAUUGGAAUAGUAAUGGCAGCACUGAAUUUUAUCGUCAGAUUUCGACCUUUAGAACUAAGUUACAUAUUUUUGUUAGUUUGGUAUUACUGCACACUCACGAUUAGAGAAAGUAUACUUAAGGUUAAUGGUUCUCGAAUAAAAGGUUGGUGGAGGUUACAUCACUUUUUAUCAACAGUAGCUGCUGGAAUACUGCUCAUCUGGCCAGACAAUGACACUUGGUCCCUAUUCCGGAAUCAAUUCAUGGUUUUCAACAUUUACAUAAGUCUGGUUCAAUACCUUCAGUUCCGUUACCAAAGAGGCGUCCUCUACCGACUCAAAGCCUUGGGCGAGAGACACAACAUGGACAUUACGAUAGAGGGUUUCCAUUCGUGGAUGUGGAGGGGACUGAGCUUUCUGUUACCGUUUUUAUUCAUAGGUUAUUGUUUCCAGUUCUACAACGCUUACACCUUGUACGUUUUGAGUUACAGUAUGGUCACUACAUGGCAUGUACCUGUAUUAAGUUUAAUGUUUUUAAUCCUUUUUAUUGGCAACACUGUAACAACGAUUUCGGUGAUACCUUCAAAAUUUCACGAAAGGGUGAAACUGCAGUAUCGAGUGAUGAGUCAGAGAUUAAGCUCCCAAUUAUUGAACAGAGAGCAGACUGAUGACACAGAUAGUAACAAACAGGAUUAGGAAUAAAGUAAAAGACACACUAGAAUCUACUAGAACUACUUCAAAUGUGAUUAGAUCUAUUUUAUAUAUAUAUUUGUUAUUUUUUUUAACAUUAUUUUUUGAGUAAAUGUCUCGAAUUGUAUUUAAAAGGAAUAUUUGUGGAAUAUCUAAAUGUGUAAAAGUAUGCAAUAAAUUAUUUAU